AUGGCUCGACGCGUGGACCCUUCGCAGCCAGCACCCUUUGAUGUCAGUUCGUCUAGAGCAGGGAUUGCAUGGCCAAAAUGGAGGACAUUCGAGUACUACCUAGCAGCAUCAGGAGUUUCAGCAGAUGGUCAGAAGCGGGCCCUUCUACUACAUUGUGCUGGACCAGAUGUUCAAGAGUUGUAUGAGACACUGGUAGACGAGGAUGAGCCUAAAUAUGAGACCACGAUGAAGGCUCUGACCACAUAUUUUGAGCCCCGGAAAAAUGUUGUAUUUGAGAGACAUGCUUUUCGACAAGCAGUUCAAAGUGAUGGAGAGACUGUCGAUGAAUAUUGCACUCGACUUCGUGUAUUGGCAGCAUCAUGUGCAUUUGGUGAACAUACCGAUGAACAUAUACGUGACCAAAUUGUGGAUAAAUGUACAUCUAGCUCACUUCGAAGGAAGCUACUCAGGACAGAUGACCUGAAACUGGAUGACUUGCUAUCGAUAGCAAGAGCUACUGAAUCUGCAGACCGACAGGCUGGAGUGAUGGAGGCCUCGGGAAGAACUUCGGAAUCUGCAUGUGUGAUUAAAGGAGGACCAGUGAGACAGCCUAAUCGCAGUGAUAGGCAGGUAAAGCAACCAAAAACAUCAGAGAGUGUGAACAAUCAUGAUAAUAUAUGCGGAAACUGUGGAAUAUUGGGACAUCGACCAGGAGAUCGAGGAUGCCCCGCCCGAAAUCGUGAGUGUCUGGUCUGUAAACGGGUUGGACAUUUUGCACGUGUUUGCCGUUCGAAACUAAGGUCUGGUAGUUUGAGUUCGAGACAAGCUCCUAUCAACCAUGUCACCAACAACGAAUUUGCUGGGAUUGGGGACAGUGCAAACUUGGGAGCGAAGACGAGUGACGAUUUGAUUGAGACCUUCAACUCGGAUGAUGAUGUGAUGUUUAGCGUUAGAGAGGAGGGGAAUGCCCUUCGUAAGAGGUCGAUUAUUGUGAACAAUACAAAGAUUGAUGCCCUUGUUGAUUCGGGAUCGUCAGUCGACAUCAUUGAUGAGAGUACUUUUUGCUGGAUGAGAGGCCGGUGCUCACCACUCCGGUUGACCCCCAGUCGCACGAGAUUAUACGCGUAUGGAAGUCGCAGCCCACUUCCGCUCCUAGGACAAUUCAUAGCCAAAGUGUCGACAGCGUCAUCGUCGACCACGACUCGAUUUGUGGUAGUGCGAGGCAACAGCGGAUGCGCACUCAGUCGGAAGACAUCAACAGAGCUCGGACUGAUACGGUUAGCAGGAGGUGCUCAGACACAGGAGCAGCACGUUGAUAAGGUGGACGAUCACGAGCCAUGGACCGUUGUCCAACGAAAGAGGAAUAAGAGGAGGAAUGUUCAGAGGAGGAAUAUUCGGCGCUAA